AUGGCGAAAUUGCAAACUGGCCCCACAGAUCUAUAUGGACUGCCACCAACUGUGGGUUAUGAAAGUCAUGAUUUGCGUAAACAACGAUUGCCACAAUACUCCUUUGGUACACGUACCCAACCGAAAGAUAAUAGCAUUGGUCCUGGACCGGCUAGAUAUCAAGUAGAUAAAUUGGUACGUUAUGGCAUAUCGAAGGCGAAUAUUUAUACUAUGGCACCGAAAACAUUUUAUAGGGAGAAAUCAAAAAGUCCUGGUCCCUUGGCCUAUCAACUUCGGAAUUCGCCAAUAUUUAAGGGAUCCAAUUCACCAGCCUAUUCACUGGGACUUGUCAAUACAUAUUUCUUUAAAAAUUGUUCCCCUAGUCUAAAUACAUAUGGUAUUAACGAUUCGUUUACCAAACAACGUGCUCCCGAAUAUAGUCUCGGUGUUAAAAAGUAUCUACCCGAGCUGGUGCGUUCACCUGGCCCAGCCAAAUAUCCACGAAGUAAUCUAGCUGCCAUUAAACCGUCCACUCCCAGUUACACUUUGGCACCAAGAACAAAAUAUGAAUUUAAACUCUAUGGACCCGGUUCAAAUUAUUACGAUCGCAUGGAAUAUAAACCGGGCAAACGAGCACCGAACUAUUCAUUCGGUGUAAGGCAUUCACCGCGUUCUGGCGUUAUGAUCGUUCCCUGUGACAAUUGGUAAUAUAGGUGCAAUAUCGUAGGUUCUAUUCGCAAAAUUUUCAAAAGUAUUGUCUUUUUUUAUUGUCA